GUAAAAUAUGUAUUCCUUGGCGCAGAUACGGAUAUGGGUGGAUGGAUAAGUAGCAAAGAAAAGGAAAGACGUGCUUGAUGGCUCCUGUGGCUUUUCUGACCCCUCUUCUAGGUAUACUUGGUUUUCUUCAAUAGAAAAGCUUAUUGUUAUUAGGGUUUGGAUUUCCGCUGCUUUUGAGAAAGGGGGAAAGAAUAAGAGAUAGGACUUCGAUGGGUCACUUGGAAUAUGGUUAUUGGUGAAAAUACUCCCAUCUUUGAUUGGAAAGAAAGUUGUGGGUAGGGUUUAUUGGAGUAUUGGGUUGUCUUUUUUGAUUGAUUUUUGGGGGAUGAAUCAAUAAAGAGAGCCGAAAAAACCCAUAAAAAAAAUUCCUUGUUUUUGGGCCAAGAAAAAGGGUCCGUUGUUUUGUUGGGUUUUGGAGUAGGGUUAUUGGUGAAAUACUCCAUCUUUGAUUGGUUUCUUCUAAUGGUAAGCUGAAAGUAAGUUGUCGGCAGGGUUUACUUGGAAUAUUGGGUUGUCUUCUUCUUCUUUCUUUAUGUUUUUAAAUUUAAAUGAUUAGGGGUGAAUCAAUAAAUAGGAGAAAAACCCAUUAAAAAAUUUAUUGUUUUGAGUGAAGCAAAAGUUUGUAUUGAUCUGGGUGUUUGUUGAGUCGAUGGGAAAGAAGAAGAUGCCAAAGAAAACAAAGGAGCUAUCAGUGGCAAUAGCUGAAUCAUCAUCCAUGGCCGAAGAAACACAGCAGCAGCAGCAGCAGAUUAUUACUCCCAGGAAAAGGGGCAGGCCUAGGAAAAUCGUGGAGAAAACAGAGAGUGAAGAAAUUAAAGAAGCAGAGGAAAUCAAGGUUGAAGAAGAAGCUGAGACUGAAUCAAAGAAAGCUAAGACGAUUGGAGAAGACGAAGAAGAGAAAGAACAGCAUGUGGAAGAAGCAGCGGUAGCAACAUCAGCUGUGGUCAAGGAAUUACAACCGCAGAGAAGAAGCAGCAGAGCUCGGCGCAAGAGCAAACCGCGUAAGAGCAGCUGAUUAAAUCGAAAAAUGAAUUUCUGCUGGCGAUGCGCUCCUGGCCUUAAAUUGGCCUGUUCGUGACUACGGCGCUGUUGCUUUGAAAAAAAAAAUGAAUCGAACCCAUGUCUGCUUUUGUGUUUUUUUUGGGUGGGUUAUCGAAGGAUUAUCGAAAGAUUGAAUCUUUUCAUCUGCUGCUGUUUUUAGCUCUUUUUGAUUCGGUUUUAUUUUAGAUUUGAAUGAUGGUUUUAGGUAUCUCUCUCUGUUUUGGCAAGUGUGGUUUAAAUAGUUUAGGGCAUCGAUCCUUUUGGAUUUUGAUUGGAGCAAUAGUUUUCUCAUAUUUGUAUUCACUUAUUAAUUGGAUUGCCAAAUCGAAUUUGCCAAAGGCAAUGAAGUUGUUCUCAAUUUGGACUA